UCAGCCGAGAAGCGGGACGAGUCGGCGGUGAUUGAUGGCACGGCCGCGAGCUGGUGGGGGGCCCCUCAGGCCCGGCCCCGUUUCUUGCCUCGGCUCCUCGAAAAGCGACUCGUGCCUCUGGGAAGCCGCAGCCCCAGACCCCACUCGCGCUUCUCGCCCGGCGCCGCCGGAAAGCGGCCUCUCCAACGCCUGCCGGAAAGCAGCCCGGCCCGGCAUUUUACGACGUUCUCAGCGCUACCCUUUUCCGCUCCACGGUGACCUCUGCGCGGCCGGGUGCAGGCGGAGUCUUCCUCGAUCCCGUGGUGCUCCGCGGCGCGGCCUUGCUCUCUUCCGGUCGCAGGACACCGGGCGUAGAGGGCGGUCGCGGCGGGCAGUGGCGGCAGAAAGUGUUGUGAAGAGCGAAGACUUUACGCUCCCAGCUUAUGUGGAUCGGCGUGACUAUCCCUUGCCGGACGUGGCCCAUGUCAAGCACCUGUCUGCCAGCCAGAAGGCCUUGAAGGAGAAGGAGAAGGCGUCCUGGAGCAGCCUCUCCAUGGAUGAGAAAGUCGAGUGUGGGUAUUGAGGGAACUCAGGCACGCCCAGCAGCUCUGGGAAGUGUGUGUGUGAGAGCCUCUGCUCACUUCUGGGCCUACUGUCUAGAGAACAGUCUUGCACGGGAGGGCUGCUCUGCUCGGUUUCGGGGUCACUGUCCCAGGGCCCCAGUUUUUGUGCUCUGCCAGCUGAUGGGAUCUUUUGCUAGGCCCCCUUCUCUGUGCUGAGUGGAGGUAGCCUCUCAGCAUAUCUGCUGGGUAAGACAUUGUUUACUGUAAAUUAUUGAAAGAAACUCAGCAAAAUGCAUACUGUUUGGUAUGAAAGGGGCAUUAAAAUAAUGAGAUUAAAUAGACCCUAACACUGUAAUUCAAGUAAGAAACAACUUUGCAGUUUUAAUUUCCACCUAAAGCAAACUCCAUGUAUUUUCUUCCUUCCUUUCCCCGUCACAUGCCUGCCUGGGCACGUGUGCGCACGUAUGUGCAUGCCCGUGAUGUGGCCCGGGUUGGUGUAUCCUUCAGCUCUGUGUUUCCUGCCUCACAAGUGUGGUUUUGGGGAGAAGUGGUUGAACAUUGCAGAGGAGGGAGCUGCUGACCUUUGUGCCUGUAAACGGCUGUCCUCUCUGCCCCUAGUGUAUCGCAUUAAGUUCAAGGAGAGCUUUGCUGAGAUGAACAGGCGCUCGAAUGAGUGGAAGACGGUUGUGGGCACUGCCAUGUUCUUUAUCGGCAUCACCGCGCUCGUUAUCAUGUGGGAGAAGCUCUAUGGUGAGUAGAGAGGGAGGAAGGCAUGGGCGCCUGGACUGGGGCUCCAGCCUGCGGUGCCCAGUGGUGGGCUGUGGGGGACCUCCACACCUUGAGGCCAUGAGAUAGGGACUCCAUUCCAGAGUGCAUCUCAGGAUUGUUCUCCGGGCCUUGGUGACCUGGAGAACUGAAGUGGGAGGUUAGUUUAUAAGCCAGCAUCUGAUUAUUCAGAGUUGACUAUGCGUGUUGGGUGGUGAAAUACCUUGACUACUUUGGACAGCGCACCAUGUUUUCAGUAGCGGUUUAUGUGCUCACCAGUCACUUAGCAAAAGAUGACCUCGUGAAGGUUCGAGCACGGAGAAGGGGACUCCUUUAAUGACUGUCUCGACUGCUGUGAGGACUGCAUCUCAGCAGCCGGCAUCUGGGGGUCCCGACCUGACCGUUGGGGUGUGGGCAUUGCUGAGUUGCUUGCUCGUGGUAGCGACUCUUCCCCGAGGUUCUUUCUGUCCAGGCAGAACAGGCAUUUUUGCAUUCUGAAUAGGUAUAUUCUCGUACUUUUGGUUUGAAUGUGGAUGUGGGUUAAUAACAGACCCAAAUCGAUUUGAUCUUCCAGGUCACCUCGGGCUCUGUUUGUUAGAUCUUGUUAUCCAUCGCCUUUAGAGAGGACCUUCUGCUUUUAGCUUGUUUUGUUGCUACCUUUUUACAAACAAAGUGAUAAUUUUAAAAUGUCAAUGGUUGCCAGUUGUCAGAAACCGUGUGUUUGAGCGGGUGUUGAGUGGUAGGUGGCUCUGCUGAUCUAGUGGCUGGUAUGUUGGGAGGAUUUAACCUUGUAAGGGUUUGGCGUAGAAACAACCUGUUGACACCUUGUCCAUAACCUGUCUCCCACCGUAGUGUAUGGCCCCCUCCCGCAAACCUUUGACAAAGAGUGGGUGGCCAUGCAGACCAAGAGGAUGCUGGACAUGAAGGUGAACCCCAUCCAGGGCUUAGCCUCCAAGUGGGACUACGAAAAGAACGAGUGGAAGAAGUGAGUGAAGCUGGCCUGUGCCUGCCUCUAUCACCUCCAUGCAACUCCAUGCCUAUUUACUGGAAACCUGUUAUGCCAAACAGUACUACUGCUAAUAAAAUGACCAGUUUACCUGAAA